AUGCGAAGCUGGCAGUUCAUCUACACCCAUCCAGGCUGGAACGAUGAGAUUCAGGCUACAACUUUUCUUCCGAUGGAAAAUUGGAACCGGAGAUUUCAGGGAAACGGAGGCGGCGGAUGGGUCACGGGGGGGAUCGAAGUGGGCGGGAUUACGAUGAUGCCUUCCUUGGAGGCAGGAUUCGCCGUCAGCACAACUGAUGGUGGCCACUCGAGUAAACUUGACGACGCGUCGGCUGAUGGUAUGUCUUGGGCUUUCACCAGUCCCGGAAACAUCAACUGGCCACUUUUCCUCGACUUCUCCCAUGUCGCCUUACACGUCAUGGCCAUGAUUGGAAAAGCCUUGACGGAGGCUUUUUACAGCACCCCUCCAAAGUACUCAGUCAUGGAUGAGAAGAGCGUCUACCCUCGACCUUGCGAGUUCGAAGCCAUCACUGCUGCGGCUAUGAAAGCAUGCGACGGGCUUGACGGCGUCGAGGAUGGGAUCAUUUCUAUGCCCUCUCGGUGCUUCUUUAAUGCUAGUACUCUCGUCGGCCAUGCUUUUGACUGCGGAGGGAAAGACGCGCUGUUCACUCCCGAAGCAGCAGAGGCGGCAAAUGCUGCUUGGAAUGGGCCACGAAGCUUGACCGGCGAGUUUCAAUGGUAUGGAUAUGGGAGAGAUGCGAAAAUGUGGCAGUUUGGUGCUCUCCAUACGUCGUGUGAUGGCGAAGGAGAGAAAUGCGCGCCGGUCAGGUUGUCCAUCGCCGAGGCGUACGCACGAUACUUUGUCGCCAAGAACGCCGACCUUGACCUUCAAGCCCUUGGUCACAGUCAGUGGGGUGAUCUUUUCGUCGCGUCACGGAACGAGUACGAAUCGAUAACCGGCACUUCCGAUCCCGACCUGAGCAGGUUCCGCAAGGCUGGAGGGAAGCUACUCAGCUGGCAUGGGAUGGCGGACCAGAUUAUCCCAGUCAACGGUACUGUCGAUUACACGGACAAAGUCCUCAAGAAGGAUCCCAAAGCCCACGACUACUUUCGCAUGUUUCUCGCUCCGGGCGCUGAUCAUAGUAUCUCAAAUGGCCUUACUCCGCGUAACACGCUAUCGGCGCUGGUUGAAUGGGUUGAGAAGGGAAUUGCACCGGUCACGUUGCGGGUUGAGGGGCUCAACGCUUACGGCAAGCCUAUGACGAGAGACAUCUGCAUGUACCCGCAAGUUCAGCAUUACGUUGGUGGCGACCCAGCAUGGCCGUCAUCAUUUGCUUGCGUUUGA